ACGUAGAGAAGCAAAGGUUCUGCACACUACGAAGUGAAGAACACGUAUUUUGAGGCAAGAGGGCUCAAGAAACAGUGGACAAAUAAGAAAACCCAACACUUACCUGGAUAUAUCCCACAUAGAAUGUAGUUGCGUCUCUUUCGGCAUCCUCUUCCUACCACGAAAUUCACGGCACCAUGGGAGAAGUCCAAAAGGGUUUGUUUUCAGUCAUUGAGAAGUUAAAGGGCACUACAGAGCAAGAGCUUCGGAUAGUCCUUCUCGGUCUGGAUAAUGCUGGAAAAACCACUUUGUUAAAACAACUUGCCUCCGAAGAUGUGAACACCAUCACCCCGACUCAGGGUUUCAACAUUAAAAGUGUGACCUGUGAUAGCAUGAAGCUGAAUGUGUGGGACAUUGGAGGACAGAGGAAGAUUCGACCAUUCUGGAAAAAGUACCUGGAGAAUACAGAUUUAUUGAUCUACGUGAUUGACAGUGCAGACAAAAAGAGAUUUGAGGAAACAGGACUGGAGCUGUCGGAGCUCACUGAUGAGGACAACCUGAAGGGUGUGCCAUUGCUCAUCUUUGCCAAUAAACAGGACCUGGCCACGGCUUCCCCUGCCAGUGAGAUCGCAGAGGGCCUCAACCUGCACACAUACCGGGACAGAGAGUGGCAGAUCCAGGCCUGUUCUGCCGUAUCUGGGGAAGGUGUACAGGAUGGCAUGAACUGGAUCAGCAACAAUAUUGUAAAUAAGAAGAAAUGAACCUGCUUACUCCCAAGUGUUAUUUUGUACAAUUGCUCUAAUACUUCUGUAUGUAAACCACAUAUGAAAUAUUUACUUUAUUUACAAAGUUCUGGCAUGAAACUCUAGAUGGCGCAGACUGAUAGGUACUUAACUUAUUUGGUGGUCAUCUACUGUCUUACAUGCUUACAGCUAUGUCUGUGAAUGUAUUGGCAGUAGCAAGUCUGGGGACGAUCUAUUCCGCCAAGACCAGACGCAAUAACAUUGCCAUAUCCGUGACUAUUACCAUGCCAAUCUCUCCGAGAGUUGUCAUGACAGAAAUUAUAUUAAUAAUCUUUCUUCCCGUUUGUAAAUUAGCAGCCUAAAGAGACAAAGGAAAACAACAAAACAAAUAAUUUUCCCCUCUCUCAUCUCUUAUGCUCUUACAGAGUGUUUUUGUUUGACAAGACGAAUUUCACUACAAUCUUUUAAUCAAGAUGUUGCCGUUACAUUUUUGAGGGAUAUGACAUACCAGGGCAUGAAUAAUGCACACAAGCAAGAUGUUCAGCCUAAAAUAAGGAUGAAAUAUUAUGUAUCUAUCACAAAUAUAUAUAUAUAUAUAUAAUCUUCUUCAGCUGUUUUGAUAGUUGUCACACCAAAGAAUUAUCUGAAACUGAGCAAAGCUCUUGUACUUUGUAAGGUGAUAUGUGAAACCCAGGUUUGUUACCUUGUUUUUUGUCUCAGUAUGACUGGAUUUGGUAGUUUCUAUAUGAAUAACCUGUGUGGGAAUAAUGAGUAUGAUUAUGUGAAAUGAAAUUGUGACUACA